ACAAAAACAUUGCAUCGAAAUGGGAGCUCUGGUCACAGCCGUCGAAAGCUGAAACUGUAAGCCUAAACUAUUGCGGACCAUGCCAUUGUCGUUAAAGAGCGGUAACGGUUAUCACUUGCUAUCAUCGACAGCCAUGGCUAUGUGCUCAAGCUUUUGCCCUCAACUUCCUAGCCACUUUAGAGCAAGACCCAUUUCUUCUUUCUCAAAAAAUGAGCCUUUUUCAGUUUAUUUCAAAGCAUUCUCCGUUCAGGCAUCCAGUGCUCCCCCUAAAGCUGGUGAAUCAGUCACACGUGUUGGCUUUCUGGGUAUGGGAAUUAUGGGUUCUCCAAUGGCACAAAAUCUCAUAAAAGCUGGAUGCAAUGUGACUGUUUGGAAUAGGACAAAGAGCAAAUGUGAUCCUCUCAUCAGCUUAGGUGCACAAUAUAAACCUUCUCCUGAAGAAGUGACUGCUUCCUGUGAUGUUACUUUUGCCAUGCUUGCUGAUCCUGAAAGUGCAGUGGAGGUUGCAUGUGGAAAGUAUGGAGCAGCGAGUGGUAUUGGCCCAGGAAAAGGGUAUGUGGAUGUUUCAACUGUCGAUGGCGGUACUUCUAAAUUGAUUAAUGGACACAUCAAAGCUACUGGGGCAUCAUUUUUGGAGGCUCCUGUUUCUGGCUCUAAAAAACCAGCAGAAGAUGGGCAACUCAUAUUUCUUACUGCAGGUGACAAAUCUCUGUAUGAAAUAGCAGCUCCAUACUUGGACAUCAUGGGGAAGUCAAGAUUUUACCUUGGUGAUGUCGGAAAUGGGGCUGCAAUGAAACUUGUCGUCAACAUGAUCAUGGGAAGUAUGAUGGCAACCUAUUCUGAAGGAUUGCUUCUUGCUGAGAAAGUUGGACUGGAUCCAAAUGUAUUAGUGGAGGUUGUGUCACAAGGUGCCAUUAGUGCACCAAUGUACUCUCUGAAAGGUCCUCCUAUGAUCAAAUCUCUAUACCCUACUGCUUUCCCCUUAAAGCAUCAGCAGAAGGACUUGAGACUUGCUCUGGGAUUAGCAGAAAGUGUUUCUCAACCGACUCCAAUUGCUGCAGCUGCAAAUGAACUAUACAAGGUAGCUAAGAGUCUCGGUCUUAGUGAUAGCGAUUUUUCUGCAGUGAUUGAAGCAUUGAAAGCCAAAACAAAGUCCUGAGUAAAAUAGAACAAUACUUGUCAGCGUGUACAAAAUGUUUUCAGGAUGCUGUAUUCUUCCAGGCUUUUAAAUGAAUUUUAGUCUGGUUAUGUUCUUUCCACCAGGCUUAAGCUUACAUUACGUUUUUCCAUUUCAGUAAAUCUGGAUUUCUUGUUUUCCAAUAACUUAGACAAUUUGUUGUUUGUAAUUUAUAGGCAUAUUGAUCUAUAGUUUAAGGCCACUGAUGAUGUAAUGUAGCCAAUUAAAGCACGACUUGCGCUUAAAACUGCUAAUGGAGAAUUGUAAGUGCACAUGAUAAAGAAAUAUACUAUAUUUUAUGCUGUCA